GAAUGACUGGACGUCUCGCAACUUGUGACACACCUGUAUGAGAACAGAGGAAUUUGGCUUGCGCCGUAUUUACGGUAAACGGCUCGUUGAUCCCGCCCUCUCUUUGAUAGAAAACUCGGUGAUGUUGCCUCGUCUCUAACGAGCUUGACCGAGAACCCAGGAAAGGAGGGGAAAAGACGAAAAAAACAUUAAAAGGAAUACGGCGGAGAGGGUCGGGGCAAGCUACACGAAUAUUUCAUUCCUCCCUCUUUCUGGGCUUGGUGGUUUGGUGACCUUCUACUCAUGAGCCCUUGCAACUAGAGCUCAACCUCUGACCUUGGCGUGAUCUCUCACCUCUUCUACAGAGCCACGCCCACAGUGUGUAUGGAGCAGUGUGAGAGUGCAGCGGCUCUGCUGGAGUCGGUCAGGGAGCAGGAGGUGCAGUUUGAACAGCUGACCCGGGCGCUGGAGGAGGAGAGGAGGAGAGUUGGCCUCCCUGCCACCAGCCCCUCGGCCCUGGGUCGCCCCCUCCCUCACACACAGAACGGGCGUUUAGGGGAUGCAGACAUAGAACGACUGAAACUGACAGACAGAUACAUAAACGGGACACAAUACAGGAUGGUGGACCCUGCACACGGCGUUUUAGAUGAGAGCUACACACCAGAGGACGACUCACAGGAAGCACACUCAGUCUUCUCUGAUGAGGGAACCACGCGACGGUCAGACAAUGGGAUGAAGAAACCAAUUGCCUCACGCACAGUCCUGCCCCCUGAUUCUGUGUCUAUUGACGGAGGCUUGUCGAUGUCUGGCAUGGGUGGGUACAGUGCCACAUUGGACCGUCCCUACAGGCAAGGAGGAGCAGGAGACUACCCCACUGCCACAGUGCCCAGAAACUACCACUAUGGCCCUGCUGGGGGUUAUGACGACUACCGGGGAGGCCCACCACUGGAGCCGUAUGCUAGCCUGAGCAGAGGCACACGUAUAGACGACCGCUACAGGCCAGUUGACGGCUACAGGACCCUGGAUUCUGGUUACCGAGCUCCAAGCCGCCAGCAGUUAGACCCAUAUGCAGCGCAGCCUCAGGUGGCCCGUGGGAUGAGGGCCAUGGGCUCAGCCAUGGAAAUGCGAUAUGGCCAUGGCCACUACGGACUGGAGGAUGACCAGCGUAGUCUGGGAUAUGAUGAUGUAGACUAUGGCAUGGGACCUCCACCAAUGCACCCUGGGGGCUAUGGUACCAUGCCACGUUUGGGACCUGGCCCUGGGGGUAUGGACAGACGUAGACUGAGGAGCUGUGAGGACACUUUGGAUGGUGACAUGGGGGGAGUUGACCCAUACACCUGGGGUGUUCCCAUGACAAUGGAAAGGGGAAGCAUGGCUUCAUUGGACAGCACACUGAGGAAGGCCCCUCCCACAUCCUGGAGACAACCAGAGCUGCCAGAGGUGAUCGCCAUGUUGAACUACCGUCUGGACCCUGUCAAGACCAAUGCUGCCGCCUUCCUGCAGCACCUCACCUUCAAAAAUGAUAAGGUGAAGUCAGAAGUGCGUCGCCUGAAGGGCAUCCCAUCCUUGGUGUCCCUGCUGGACCAUCCGAAGAAGGAAGUGCACCACUCGGCCUGUGGAGCAUUAAAGAACAUCUCUUUCGGACGAGACCCAGACAACAAGAUUGCCAUCAAGAACUGUGAUGGAGUGCCAGCUCUGGUCAGGUUACUGAGGAAAACCCACGACCAGGACCUCACUGAUACCAUCACAGGCACUUUGUGGAACCUCUCCUCCCACGACUCGGUAAAGAUGGAGAUUGUGGACCAUGCACUACAUGCCCUUGCUGAUGAAGUGAUGGUGCCCCACUCUGGCUGGGAGCGAGGGAGUGAUGGAGCUGAGGAAAGCUGCAAACCACGCCACCUGGAGUGGGAGACUGCCCUGACCAACACCGCUGGCUGCCUUAGAAAUGUGAGUUCAGAACGCAGCGAGGCCAGGCGGAAGCUCAGAGAAUGCACGGGAUUGGUAGAUUCACUCAUGUACAUCGUCCAGUCACAGAUUAACCGCAAAGAUGUGGAUAAUAAGUUGGUGGAAAACAGCGUCUGCCUAUUGAGGAAUCUCUCCUACCACGUUCACCGUGAAGUCCCUGGCAGUGAGCGCUAUGCAGAGGCCACACCCCUCAACCAGGGCCCUGCCCCUGCCUCUAACAAAGGCGGCUGCUUUGGCUCUCGAAAGGGCAAAGAUGAGUGGUUUGCCAAAGGAAAGAAAGAUGUAGAUGAUGGCAGUGCCGACCAAGUUGACAUUCCAAAGAGGACAACACCUGCCAAAGGCUAUGAGCUGCUGUUCCAGCCGGAGGUGGUUCGUGUUUACACCUCCCUGCUCAGAGAGAGCCAGAACCCCUCGGUGCUGGAGGCUGCCGCCGGCGCCAUCCAGAACCUGUGUGCCGGCCGAUGGACUUAUGGUCGGUAUAUCCGGGCUACCGUGCGUCUGGAGAAGGGACUUCCCAUGAUGGCGGAGCUGCUGGCCCACGGCAACGACCGUGUAGUUCGGGCCAUGUCGGGAGCCUUGAGGAACCUCGCCAUUGACAACCGCAACCGAGAACUGCUCGGUAAGCAUGCGGUGCCCCACCUGGUGGCCGACCUGCCGGGGGGCCAGAGCCAGUCUGGGCGUGCUCUGUCAGAAGAGACCGUUGUGUCCGUGUUGAGCACGCUCGCUGAGGUGCUCGGCAACAGCCUGGAGGCGGCAAAGACCCUCCGAGCCUCGCAAGGCAUUGAGAGGCUGGUGCUCAUCAACAAGGAUGGUAAGCGUUCAGACCGGGAGGUGCGGGGCGCAGGCCAGGUGCUGCAGCUGGUUUGGGGCCACAAGGAGCUGCGUCGCCCGCUGGAGAAAGACGGCUGGAAGAAGACGGACUUCAUGGUCAACCUGAACCCCAGCACCACCAACGGCCCCAGCAGCCGAGCCAACGGCACGUAUGAGGACAGCACCCUACCACUGCUGGACAGAGGGGAGAAGAGGGACAUGAUUCCACUAAAUGACCUAGGCCCUGAAGGCUACUCUACACUGGACCAGAGGGAGAGGAGACACACUCUGGAUGACACCACAGACACUUUACCGCGAGGGGUGUAUGGGGGCAGAAAGGGCUCCCUGCCCCUCUUGGACUCCUACGAUGGUUAGCCCUCCCCACUCCCCUCUACCCCCUGUCUGCAUGUAACAGCAUGAAAAACUGAUCGUGUGCAUCACCCAGAGCGGGCCUUCCCUGCCCUACCACUGCUACUGAGGAGACCAGAGAUGAUGCACAGACUCUCUCUCUCUCUCUCCUUCUCGUCUCUUCUCCCUCUUUCUCUCUCUCUUUCUCCUCCAUUCACAAGAACAAAACGGGAUUAGAAGAUGAGGGUUGGCAUCCAAAGAAAGUGAAUGUGUUGCAGUCAUAAAUGAUAAGACAACACACACAUACGCAUCUACAAACGCAUCUUUUUGCAAAUUCAUUGUAGCAUCUGAAGUAUAUUCCUUUUUUAAAAUUUUUAAAUUAUAAUUCUUCUCUAAAGGCAAUCACCUUCGUUGACAAUCAUCAGUUAUUUUUCUCGGUGUUGUCAUCCUGCUUAUUUUGCAAUUGUCCACAUUUUGGUAAAUUUUUGUCACGGUUAAACAUGUUGCUGCCAACAUCUGGAUCCUACCAUGAGUUUGUAUGUAGAAAUCUCUGUAGGGUAUAUACUGUAUAUAAAAAGAAAAUGGGAUGACUGCAUUUUUUUUUUUUUUAUGUUUUGGUUCCUUAAUUUAAAUCAUCCCUGUACUUGGGAUUGGUGUGAUGGGAGGCUGGAGGCCGGCCGGUGGACCCGACGGGACACGGCCGCCCUGUAGAUUCAGAAUGUUUGUUUAUAUAGGAGUUAUUUUCAUGUCUCUAGAGUUAUUUUUUUCUCGGUUGGGCUAUGGGCACAGACGUAGACAAGACAGGUGUGUGUGUAUAUUUGCCAUACAGUGAACCUGUGGUCAUGUAUGAGGGGGGGAAAAAUGAAUAUGGACCUCGGAGUGAAUGAGUGUGUGUGUGCGCACGGGAUUGUGUGUUAAGAACCGGACCCAUAAAACCACACUUUUCUUUUUGCUUUUUUUUUUCUUUGUAAACAAUUUGUAUUAUACAUUUUUUUUCCUACUCCUGUGACAAACCUUUUCUUUUUAUUUGUUAGUUAUCAUGUACGAGCUGCCUCUCUCUGUGUUUGAUACUUUAAUUUCCAACAUUUUUUUUCCUCCCCCUGAGUGACAGGAAUGAUAAUUGAGCUGCUGUUUAACUCUCCUUUGUCUGGGUUAUGUUUUUAACUAGCCCUCAAGACACUCCCAUGAGUGGAUAUGGAUAUUGACUGUGUGCUUAUAUGUACAAACACUUCAAAGUUGAUACUGACCUGAGAGCGCCGCGAUUCUGGGAAAUCUAAACCACUACAUAAGAAAAACAAAGCGUUCGUGGCUGCACCUGUAGUAGAACCACACUAGAGACGGCCUGCACACGGGUUUGGCCGUCAUACUUCAUUAAGGACUCAGCAUUAUCCUGUGGAAUCGGCAUCUAUUUACUUCCAUUUUCCUAAGCAAUGCUGAAAAUUCCCUGUAAGAGUUUUGUUGUUUUUAGGAAAAAGAACAGUCACUACUCUGUCUUACUGCAUUGUAGCCUAUCAUGUGUACAUUGGGAUUUGUUUUGUGCAAUUUUUAUAAUGAAGACACUUACAUUUGGGAGGCCUCUUCACUUGACAGACAGGGAGAGAUGCUGAUGUGACUUGCAGAAAGGGGAGCAAAAAGCACAUACUGGCAUAUAUGAUCCAUUUGUUUUUCCUCUGUACUUUUUUUUCCAUUUUAUUGUCUGGUCUGUUUGUUACUUUACUUGGGGAUUGGUAUGUGUGGGAGUGGUGGGUGAGACCAUUAUGCAGUCUGUUCUACUUUUUAGUCCCAGUUUUACCGUUCAUUUGUUUUAAUGGCAAAAGAGACCAAUCAUCUUUGCUUUUUUUUUUUUUUUUUUUAACUCUUCACACACAUAGUAUAUCUGUAAUAUUGCCUAUCCAUGUACAAUUAUGAUGUACCAUUCAUACCUGCCUUGGCUCUGAAAAGUUGCUUUUUUUCAGUAAAAGUAUGUAACUGGCAAUACUGUUUUUAUAAAUAAAGAGCUUUUCUUAGACAAGA